GGUCCUGAUGAGGGUGUGGGCGGGGCCUCUUCAAUGAAACUUCGGCAGGAUUUAGAUUAAUAUGUCAUUUAUUUGGAUUCAUGUCUUCAGCUGAGUUUAUCAGACAGAAACCUCAUUGACACUUUCCAGUGUGUCCACUGCCACAUGAUGAGGGUUAUUAAAUAACAUGAUUUAGAUAAAACAUAAAAGUUUUAAAUGAAUCAUUCAGAGCAGAGAUGGUGCGUUAAGUGUCUGUGUGUGAGUGUGUGUUCAUACUGUUAAUGAUCAUUUAGAGCAGCUGCUGUCUUUACUCCAUUACUCCACUUGCUCCUAAAUAUGAUCCAGAAAUAUAUUCUCCCCAAAAGUCACGUGACUCUGACAAUACUGACAUGUUUAAAACUGUCCAACAACAUUACAGAGUGUUAAACUGAUCACAGUAACUGAAACCUCCUCAGUCUGCUGAGGGUUAAUGAUGAUCACAUGAGGACACUUGUUAGUCUGUUCCAAUGAAUGAGAGGAAGGACUCUUGUCUCUGCAGGAUCCUUGACAUUGAGAAACACCCAGAGUCUGAAUAAAACACUGACUCUGUCGCUCUGGAGGAAACAGAGUCGAGCUUCAGUCGUCAGUCUCUGCAGGAAAUCAUCUCCAGGAUCAGAACUGAUCCAGGAUCAGAUUGGAUUGGUGGUCCUGCAGGUCGAUGGGUCGCAGCGUGAAGAUGAAGAAUAUGUUUUAUUUUGUGGUGAACUGUCCCUUUAACAUCAGCCGGGCUCCCACAGACCUACAGAUGAAUAUGUAUCAUGGUCGUCCGUUGAGUGUAACCAUGGUGACGUGUGUGUGUGCUCCUGCAGGUCGAUGUUGGGUCGUGGCGUUAAGAGGAAGUGGAGGUGCGUGGAGGAGCUGGAGGUCGACGUCCUGCCUGCAGCCGCUGCAGAGAAGGUGAAGGAUGAGGAGGAAGACAAGGGCACGUUCCUGGUGGGUCCGUCCAGAUUGGACACGAGCCACCUGCAGCAGCGUCAGCUGGUGCUCGGCCUGUGUUUGGAGAAGCUGCGGGGGUACCAGGCGGGGGUGGAGCUUAGCCUGCGGCGCUCCGUCCUGCUCAUCAACAUGCUCAGAGAGAUCCAGGAGGACAUGCAGAGUGACGGGGCGGGAACUUGCACGCCGGACGUGCUCCUCCACCCGGAUUCCUGUGUUCUCAGGGACACCUUCAGGGAGGACAUCUCGAUGACGUGUCCCGGGUGUGCGGAGGAUGACAAGGACAGCCCGUCUCCCCCGCCGUCCCUGGAGCUCCCGUCUCAGGAGACGAACAUCUUGCCUGACCAGCAGAAGCCUCUCCCCUCAGCGGCAGUCAGUACUUUCAGUGAUGCAGUCAACGCCGUGGGCUACCUCAGCGACCUCGCCCUGGAUGACAUCUUCGAGGACAUCGACACGUCCAUGUACGAGACGUCAGACCUGCCCUCAGCCUGGGUGGCGGGCUCACUGUGGCCCGUCAGCGUGUCGCUGUGGGCAGAUGAUGACGUAAAGCUGCUCUCUCCCAGCCACGCCUCAGCUGGGAGUCUCCAGUCCUGCCUGACGGACCUGAACGAGCUGGACCAUAUCAUGGAGGUCCUGGUGAAGUCCUGAUCCGACUCUUGGACGUUUGCUGCACCUGAUCAAAGACUCUGAUGACAGCGGAGGAGGCGGGGAUCAUGGACUGAUACCAGAAUCCUGGACUUUAAGACUCCGUCUGAUGAACUUCCUGAUCACAGAGCUGACGUGUUAGGAACCGUCAAACAUCUGGACUUAUUUAUUCAUGAAGGUGUGCCUCAAACUGAACUCUGAAUAUUUAUUAUGAUAAAGAACCAUUUGUAAAA